GUUGUGAGUCACAACUAUGAGCGUCCACCGUUCAAUGUUUUACGAGUGUUCAGACGCUAGUCGCGUUAUCACUUAUCACUGAUUGGAGCGAACAUUUAAAAAUUUCGAUUUUCAGCGUUUUUCGUCCGAGCGAGGUCAAAGAACGCUGACUGAAUCAUAAAGAAACAUUUCACAAUAUUUAUUUGAUCUGCUGAAAUAACUCUACUUUCAUUUCUCAUCGUCAGUCGGAAAACACAGUCGUCUUGAAUAUUAUUUACCGCAAAUUUACAUUAUUCAUUUUUAGUCGCAUUCGACGUCGAUUUUUUUGAAUUUUGUUUUGUGCUUCGUUUUACAGUUAAAUUCUUGUAGAUAUGGCGAUGGCCAGUCAAACUAUUCAGAGCGAUACUGCCGACUUGUACAGUCGUGUGAAAUCUUCAACAGACAAGUUUUUUGCUACUCUGCGCGAAGCCAAAAGUUUUGAGACCCAAGGCAAAACAAAUCUGGCUUUGUUGGAGUAUGAACAGUGUCUCAAUAUUAUUGAUGAUGUCUUCUCAGUUCCACUGACACGUCCGACCGACCUAAGUCUUGAGUGGACGGAGGUUGAAAACAUACUACAGUAUUUAAAAACGGAAAAAAAAGAAAUUUUAGACCGUAUUCUUCAGUUGCAAAGGGAUAGUGGUUCGAAUAUGGCAGUAGAUUGUAGACCUGUUCAAAGUCCGCCAUCGUAUCAGGAAGCUACACGUUCUGACGAAGAACAAUCAUGUGCUUCUGAAACAUUAGAACCUCCAGUUUCAUACAACCAGUUAUCAGCAAUGCUUAAUGAUUUACGUAUCGACAUCGAACGGAGUUCAAUGGCAACCCUAUUAGUUAGCUGUGAUAACUCACAAGUAUUUUUCAUUGCUGAUGAUGGUCAAGUAACAUCGCCAUCAGAGAAAUCAAAUGUUAAAAUCUUUAUGCUCGAAGGUACAAAUUCAGAGAGCCCACAACGGUAUUUCCUCUGUAUUGAAGAUAUUUAUUAUCCCCUUGUUGCCAAUAGUUCGCCGUGUCUUCGAACUGAGUAUGGGGCAUUUGUGUUUCCUGAUAUUGAAAACAGAAACUCAGCUAUUGGUGUAUUAGUUCCUCCGGAACAUUUGGAACUUUUCACAGAUGUAUUAGAAAGUGUACUUAAAAAAUCAUUGAGAAAACAGUCUGGAGAGGCCAGAGAAAAAGGUCACAAAAUUUCAGCUCACAUUGUUAAAGGAGCUACAUUUUUAUCAAAUGGAUUAGUGAAGGGUGCUGAAAAAACAUCAAAUUUUAUGAACAACUCUACUCCUGGUUUAUUAAACUAUAUUAACCCUUCUCAAAAUGAUACACAUGUUUGCACUUCCAUGAAAAAAGGAGUUAAAGUUGCUAAAAACGUGACGUCUACUGCUGCUGAUGUAACGUGCUUUGUUGCUGGAAAAAUAGGUACAGCAUCAUGUGCUGUUGGAAAAUUCCUUGCUCCACAUGUUCAUAAGGGCGGAACUAAGAUCUUGACAGGUGUUACUAAUAUGGACAAAAAUGAAGCUUCUGAAAAAAUGACAAAUGUAUUUGAUAUAGCAGCAGGUGCCAUUGAAGGUUUUAGCAUAGUUUAUGAUGGACUUGAAAAAUCUGGGAUGAUUCUGGGUAGCAGUAUUUCAAACAAUACAGUACUUAUAGUUCAUCAUAAAUUCGGCAAUCAUGUUAGUGAAGUGACUCAAGACACAUUUGAAACAGUUGGCCAUGGAUUACGAUUCACUAGAAGCGUGAAAGAGUUUGGUCCAAAAAAUAUCAUCAAAUCUACUGUUAAAGAAACUGGUCGUGCCAUGAUGGUACCAGAUAAUGAUUAAAAUAUUUUCCGUGACUUUCGCCUAACUUAUAAGUAUGAAGCCUUGUUGUGAUAAGCAUUUUUAUAGCAAAUAUAGUUUACUUCUUACAAAAAGAAUAGAUAAUUUUAAUAGGUAUAUUAUUAUAAUUGUUAUUUUUAAUGUUAUAUCUUAAACAACAAAGUUUGGGUUAAACUUGGUUAUAUAUUGCAUUUUAAUCAAAUUAGCAUAUUAUACACUAUGAAUUAAAUUAUUAAUACUUUAUAGUUUAUAAACAAUGUUAUACUGGAUUUAUAUUGUUAAAGAUAUUAUUGUUGGUUAUUGGUGUAUUAUAUUUUUAUAAAAUAAAUUUGUAUUUAUUUUUCCUUCAAA